AUGAAGGGUGAAAAUAAUGAAAAACUCUCAGCUUUAUUAAUUCAACUUCACAUUAUGCAUUACUGCGAAAAGCAAUCAGAGAUAAAUUCACGCCGUGUGAACACCUCCCAAAUGACUCAUAUUUCUUCACGCAUUUUUGCGGAACUCCAUGUGAUACCAAAAGUAGCAGAAGUCACUACGACACCCUCCACAAGAUUGCAAUCCACAAGAGAGUUUGGUGAUUUUAUAUUUUGGUUUACCAUACAAGUUCAAAAUAUUACAGCGCACCAGAGCAAAACUCAUAAAGGUUUCAUAGAUGAGAAAUGA